AUGUCUACUAGUACUGAGCAAGAUCUAAUCUUCAUUCACUUCUGGAAGUUUCCCGUUCAACCAUCUGUAGGCAUUAUCAGAGAAAUCGACGUAUUCUCCACGAUUCAUGGUCCAGUGAUUCACGAUUGGGAAAUUCGAGUAGGACCUGACACGUUUGGAGCUUUUCGGCAAGCUGGUUUGAGAAAUAGACACGUACAGCUUCGCCUCCGUCCUGCAAUGUUCAGAGAGCAUAUUGCCGAAGCAAAUAAGUGCAUGUUCCAAAUGAAAGUACGAGAUCGGCAAACAGGAGAAGAGCUGCUGUCACCUGAACCGUGCACUGUCGUUCCAGCGGUCAGUGAGCGGACCCAAGGAUUCAAAGUCCCUCCUACAUCUGCGAUCGGUGCCACUUUAAUACAGCUAUAUCAAGUCGAAUAUGCGAAAUCACCACCACGAUGUCGAUUUCCCCGAGUCAGUUUCAGAAUUUCGGAAUGGGAAAUGCUGGCGCCAUCCACGCCUCUUCACCUCGACUGGCGGUUUCGACUACUUGACGAUAAGUCCUGCCACAACUUCAUGAUCGUGUGUCGUGACGGGCAGAUGUUCACGUCCAAGGAGGCGCUCUACUUCUGCUCUCCAUUCUUUCGAGAGUUCUUCAAUGGAGCUGGUCGAGAAGCGGACAAGGUGGAGCUCCUGGACUCGGCAAUCGAUGCUGCUAGAACAGCUGCCUCAGGUCAUGUCACCCUCCCUUGUAAAAGACAUCUACAAUCUGGCAAAUCGCACAACGAAGAGAUGGAAGUGCUUAUCGACUGGUUCUUGACGGCACACGAAUGUCAUAUGAACAAGUUGCAGAACGCAGCCGUAGCCUAUUUAACCAUCUAUCACCAGAGAGAAUACAUCGCUGAGUAUGGUGAUGGCGAGGUGCCUAAUCCUCGCCCAGCUGCCGAACGUCUCAAUCGAGGUCAUGGAGGAUUCCGAACAACACCCCAUCAGCGGGUUCUCAACGCCCAGUUCAGCGUCAGUUGUGUACGUGGAAUAGAGAAGGUAGAAGCGUGA